AUGGCAAUCCUCAAGCCCGACUCAGAGUCCCCGUUGACACGAGCGGCCGCGAGCGAAGCCAAGCAGCACCAACUGGCUGCCGCUGGCUACAAGCACGUCGAGGGCUGCCCCGCGCCUCUGCCGCUCGAGCUGCCGCACUUUUCGCUGCGGGACCUGCGGGCCGCCGUCCCCGCGCACUGCUUUGAGCGCUCGUUCGCAACGUCCAUGUACUACCUCGUGAAGAACGUGCUCACGUGUGCCGCGCUCGCGUACGCAGCGACGUUUGUGGACCGCGCAGGCGCCGCAGCGUACGUCCUCUGGCCCGUCUACUGGUUCUUCCAAGGCAGUUACCUCACGGGCAUUUGGGUCCUGGCGCACGAGUGCGGCCACCAGUCGUUCUGCGCGAGCGAACCGGUGAACAAUGUCCUGGGCCUUGUGCUCCACUCGGCGCUCCUCGUGCCGUACCACAGCUGGCGCAUCUCGCACCGCAAGCACCACGCGAACACCGGCAGCUGCGAGAACGACGAGGUGUUUGUCCCGGCCACGCGCUCGGCCGUCACGGGCUCGUGGAACCAGGUGCUGGAAGACUCGCCGCUGUACCAGCUCUACCGGAUCGCGUCCAUGCUCGUCGUGGGGUGGAUGCCGGGGUACCUCUUUUUCAAUGCCACAGGGCCGGCAAAGUACGAGGGCAAAGCGCGGAGCCACUUUAACCCCUUCUCGGCUCUCUACGCGGACCGCGAGCGGUGGAUGAUCGUGCUCAGUGACGUGGGCCUCGUGCUCGCGCUCGCGGGCCUGGCGGCCUUAGUGCACGCGCUGUCGCUCGUUGCAAUGGUCAAGCUCUACUUUGUGCCCUACGUGGUCGUCAACGCCUACCUCGUGCUCAUCACGUUCCUCCAGCACACGGACACGUACAUUCCGCACUUUCGCGAGGGCGAGUGGAACUGGCUGCGCGGGGCCAUGUGCACGGUCGACCGCUCCUUUGGUCCGUACUUGGACUCGGUGGUGCACCACAUUGUGGACACGCACGUGUGCCACCACGUGUUUUCCAAGAUGCCGUUCUACCACUGCGAAGAGGCCACGAACGCCAUGAAGCCCGUGCUGGGCAAGUUCUACCUGAAAGACACGACGCCUGCUCCGCUGGCGGUGUGGCGGUCGUACAAACACUGCAAGUUUGUCGAGGACGACGGCGAGAUUGUCUUUUACAAGAAUGAGUUGUAA